GCCCACACGUGCUCCCCCUCCGCAUCCGGGCGGAUGCUCGGCCCGCCCGCCCGGGGCUCUUAUAGCGGUGGGAGGGAGCGGGCGCUUCGUGCUGCCGCCGCUUCCCUUCUGACUCGGAAGACGUCCCCGGCCGCGCUUCCCCCUGGCUAGCAGCGUUUCGGAGCUCCCGUGGCAGGGCAGGACGAGAGAACGGUGCCCAGGGUUUGUCGGAGACUGCCCGCCGGACACCGGACCGGUUCCCCUUAGCCCGCCCUCCACCGCAGCGGCUCCUGCUGUUCCGCGGAGCCGUUUCUCUCCUGGGAAGCAGAACCUGGCGCUGCGAGACCUACAGCUGCUCUCUCCUGAAGGAGUGUUGCUGGUGGCUUUUUUCGUUUGCUGACUAAUCGCCGAUAUUGGUGCUGCUGGGGCUAGUCCGUCUGACCAAGCAUUGAGCCCGUUCUGUGCGAACAAAUCUCCUCUUCUAGAAUAUGACUGUUAUGGUGAAUAAAACAUACUGCUGUCAACAAUAUAACUUUGUCAUAGAAUUGCUGUAAAAGAUAGUCAAUAUUGCUGGUGGUGUGCCUUCUGGAAAUACAUUUUAACUGAAGAUACUACCAACGCUUUGUGAAUGGGAUGCUGCUCUAGACUGCUUUCUGACAUAAGCCAGCUGGGCUCUUUGCAGGUGAUGUUUUCCUUCUCACAUUGUUUAACUGGAAUUUGCUUCCACUGAUUUUGAGGAAGACGAAGAAAUCAAAGUGGAGUACCGUAAACUUGGCAUGGAUAAUAAAAAGAAAGACAAGGACAAGCCAGAUGAAAAAAUGACACGGCCGAGUGGGAGGUCAGGCCAUAAUACACGUGGAACUGGUUCUUCAAAUUCUGGAGUGUUAAUGGUUGGCCCUAACUUCAGAGUUGGCAAAAAAAUUGGAUGUGGCAAUUUUGGAGAACUACGAUUAGGAAAAAAUUUAUACACAAAUGAAUAUGUGGCAAUUAAACUGGAGCCAAUGAAGUCGAGAGCACCACAGCUACAUUUGGAAUACAGAUUCUACAAGCAGCUAGGAUCUGGAGAUGGAAUACCUCAGGUUUACUAUUUUGGCCCAUGUGGCAAAUAUAAUGCUAUGGUGCUAGAACUACUUGGACCUAGUCUGGAAGAUUUAUUUGACUUGUGUGGUAGGACAUUUUCUCUUAAAACCGUUCUUAUGAUAGCCAUACAGUUGAUUUCUCGUAUGGAAUAUGUCCAUUCCAAGAACUUGAUAUACAGAGAUGUAAAACCUGAGAACUUCUUAAUAGGACGACCUGGAAAUAAAACACAGCAAAUUAUUCAUAUUAUAGAUUUUGGGUUGGCAAAGGAGUAUGUAGAUCCAGAAACUAAGAAGCACAUACCAUAUCGAGAACACAAGAGCCUUACAGGAACAGCUAGAUACAUGAGUAUAAAUACACAUUUAGGAAAAGAGCAAAGUAGAAGAGAUGAUUUGGAAGCUUUAGGUCAUAUGUUUAUGUAUUUUCUCAGAGGAAGCCUUCCAUGGCAAGGUUUAAAGGCUGAUACAUUAAAAGAACGUUACCAGAAAAUUGGAGACACAAAACGAGCAACCCCUACAGAAGUACUAUGUGAAAACUUCCCAGAGGAAAUGGCUACGUACCUACGUUAUGUAAGAAGACUAGAUUUUUUUGAAAAGCCUGAUUAUGACUACUUAAGAAAGCUCUUCACAGACUUACUUGAUCGAAAAGGCUAUACAUUUGAUUAUGAAUAUGACUGGAUUGGGAAACAGCUGCCUGCUCCAGUGGGUUCAAUACAUUCAGAUCCUGCUCUGUCUUCAAACAGAGAAGCAUAUCAGCACAGAGAUAAAAUGCAACAAUCCAAAAAUCAGUUACAGUCAACAGAUCAUAGGGAUGCUUGGGAUUCACAGCAGGCCAAUAUGCAUCAUCUGAGGGCUCAUCUAGCAGCUGAUAGACAUGGUGGCUCAGUACAGGUAGUAAGUUCAACAAAUGGAGAACUGAACACAGAUGACCCAACCGCAGGCCGUUCAAAUGCACCCAUCACAGCACCGGCAGAAGUAGAAGUAAUGGAUGAAACCAACUGCCAGAAAGUGUUGAACAUGUGGUGCUGCUGUUUUUUCAAGCGGAGGAAAAGGAAAACCCUUCAGCGUCACAAGUAACUAGAACCAAGGAGAACAUGGGAAAUUGCUUAUUUGUUCAACUGCUCUCUUGUGCUCUUAAAAAAAACCCAAAACCAACUUCCAUAAUGGCCACAUGUUUUCCAAGAACUCCCUUAGAAACAAUGCAAUGCCUACGUGCUCCUACAUCCAUAUUCCAUCUCUUUAAUUCAUCUAUUCUGAAAGCUUUAAGAUUUUGUCAAAUUACGAGUGCUUCUUUGACCAUCAAUUAAAUGGACCAAUGAAAUGGUACAAAUGAACAGUAUCUUCAGCAAAACUAAACUUGAAAUGUAUUUUUCCUGUCCUAGGAAGUAUUAGCAGUGUCUUAGCUGAAGACAAAUAUCACAAAGCUGUUAUGGGAGUUCAUAGCAGUAUAUAAAAAGCAGUUCUCAAAAAAUACAGAAGAAAAAUAGAUAUACACAGCCAUGUAGAAAAAGAAUAAAAUCUUAAGAUUCCCUUUGACACCUACAUUGAUUUUUUUUCCUUUUCUCCCAUUAUGACUGGUGAUAAUUUAGUAAAAUUGUGUUAGCACUAUAAACCCUAUCUCUGCUAGUAUGGUGCAGUCACUUUCCAGAGAUACUGAGGAGGCUGAUUUAGCUCUUCACAGCUGUCUAAAAUGCUGGCAAUGCUAGUGAAAAAAGUAUUUUCAAUAGCUUCUGAGUCUGAAGACCGCCUUUUGUUAAUGGAAUUCCAAUACAGUAGAAAUUACAAGAGUGUUUGUACAAAGAUUACAGAAGUUUGUACAAUUAGUUGUGCUUCCAGUAAUGUUAGUAAGAUUGAAAUACCUUCAAAGGAGGACCCACAUAGGAAUUGUGAAAGAAAAAUAAAUGUGAAUCUGGUUAAAGUGGAAUCAGUAUUAAAGUCUGUAUGUUCACUAAAGUAGUUGAUGAUUGACAGCAUCUUUGACUUGAAAAUAUGGAUGUGCCAUGUAAUGUUGGAGAUCAAUUUGUAAAUUAGUUCACACUUUGAUUUAGAAAACAAAUGCAAUGGAAAGGGGCUAGACCUCUUCCUUCUCUGCAUACUAGCCCAUAGUGUCCAAAACUUACCAAAAUCUUUUUGUCCUGGAAAUUUCUUGUCUUUCAGUGUAAUGUCAGUACUAUAGCAGGAUGGCAAGGGUGUAUCAGGUACUUCCCUACAGUCCAAUGAAGUUCCUAUAAUAAAAACAAACCAGCAGCUCUAUAGACAAGUCAGGCAAUUUUAUACUUCUUCAGAAAAUAUAUGCUUUUUUAAAAAGCCAUAAUGACAAAGGUGUGCUUUUGUCAUGUUUUGCUGCCAGCUACUUGAAGAAGAGAUGUGAAAACUGGAAGUGACUAGACAGAUUUGUUGACCAAAACUCAUAAAUUAUCUGUUUUUUAAUAAUUCUUCCAGAGCUAAUGAGAAAUUUUUUUCUAUCCACACAUGCUUUUUGGCAUUCUUAUUUAUUUUCACCUGUUUUGUGGUAGCAUUGUAAAUGUAUUUUAAAAGUAAUGCACACCUUUGAAUUCAUUAUUGCAUUUACAAGCAAUUUAACUGUAUUUUGUAAUUUAUUUUUCCUUAACAACCCAAAGUGUAUUUUUUUUGGAUUAUGUGCUCAUAUGAAUACUUUGAUCUUUGUCAUUAUUGCUGUUCAUGAUUUUGUUUUUGUAUUACAAAACCUGAGCUUGGCAUACAAAAACACUGUAUAACUGGUCCUAAGUUUCCACUCCACCAGUUUGUGUUCUUGACCAACUCCACCAGUUUGUGUUCUUGACCAUCUCAAACUCAUGAAGUUCCUUUUCUGUCUUUAUUUAAGCUGAAAAGGUAGGAGGUUGCUUGACCAUUCUUAUUUGAAAACACAUUCUUAUUUGUAGUAGUUGACCAAAUUCAUUGCUUUGUAAGAUUUUUAAAUAUGUAUAGCAUGUGUGCUUUUCACACACCUGGUUAGUUUUACUCUCAGAGGUUUUUGACCUGUACAGUGUUUGUAUGAUCCGAACUCCAUACACAUGAUAAAGUGUGGGUAUUAUGGACUCGAAAUGUUGGAACAUACAAAAGCUGUUUGUUUGCUGAAAUGACCAGUAUCUAAACACUUGCUUUUCAGCAAUAUUUUUUUAAGUGCUUGAUUGUAAUGCUGAAAAAGAAGGUUUUCUUCUAGCAAAGCAAGGCUGUCACUACUAAUACAGGUGUGUUCAGGUUAUGUCAAUAUGAUGUGCAUUUAAACCCUUUUUUUCUUGUCUAAACUAAUGAAGUUGACAUUGGAUGGAUGUCUUAAAAUGAAAUGAAAUGU